AUGGAUGACGGUCCUUCGUGCGACAUUAAUACAGCAUCGUCACUCAAUAAACGAGGAAAGAGAAAUAAAUCUAAAGAUAACCAUGUUGAAACUGAGAGCACAGUAAGAAAAGAGAUAGAGACAAAACUGACAGAUGCCAGUGUAUCUCUUGGUAAGGAUACAUCAGAGCUACCAAAGAAAAGUAAAAGAGGUCGAAAAAAACUUGUACCUCAAGUCGAUUCUGAUGAGGCUGUUGGUGAAAAUGCCAAUUUAUCUUCUAAAGGUAAUACAGCGGUCCUACUUAAAAAAGGUACAAGAGGUUGUAAGAAACUUGUUUCUAUGAGUGGUUCAGAUGAGGCAGGCAGUUUAUCUUCCAAAACCAAUGCCUCUGUAUUACUAGAAAAAGGUGAAGGAGUUUAUGAGGAACCUCUUUGUAAAAGUGAACCUGGGGAGACAGGAGGCAAAGAAAUCUGUUUAUCUUCUGAAACAAACGCCUCAGUUCUAAUGAUAGAAAGUGAAAAUGCUUGCAAGGUACUUAUUUCUAAAACUGAAUCUGAUGAGGCAGAAGGUAAAGAAAGUGAAUCUUCCAAAAUAAAUGCUUUAGUUUCACUAAAAAAAGAUGAAAGUUCUUGUGAAGAACUUGACUCUAAAAGUGAAUCUGAAUCUUUUGAGACUGGAGGCAAAGAAGCCGGUUUAUGUUCCGAAACAAAUGCCUCAGUUCUGCUAAAAGAAAGCAAAAGUGCUUACGAGAAACCUAUUUCUAAAAGUGAUUCUGAGUCGAAAGAGACGGGAGACAAAGAAGUUGGUUUAUCUUCUGAAACAAAUGCUUCGGUAUUACCAAAAGAAGAUGAAAGUGCUUGUGAGAAAUAUGUUUCUGAAAAUGAAUUUGAACGUGAUGAAACAGGAAGUAAAGAAGUUGUUUUACCUUCCGAAACAAAUGCUUCCGUUCUACCAGGAGUAGACGAAAAACUUCUUUCUAAAAGUGAAUCUAAUGAGGCCAAAAGCAAAAAAACAUUGGAAAAGUUAAAUGAAAAAGAAAUACCGACAAAACAAAAGGAUGCCAAUUUAUCUCUUGAAAAAAAUGAAGCAGAUUCCAGCUUAUCUUGUGAAAAAAAUGCAUCACGUACCAAUUCAAUUCCUGAAAACGAGACAACAGAUGCCAAUACGUCUCCUGAAAAUGCAUUUGUUCUACCGAAAAAAAGAGGCCGCAAGAAACUUGUUCCUGAAAGCAAAUCUAAUGAUACAGCAAGUCAAGCUGCCAACUUAUCUAAUGAAAAAACUGCAACAAUCGUAUCAGUAAAAGGUAAAAGGGGUCGCAAGGAACUUGUUUCUAAAAAUGAAACUGUUGUAACAGAAAGCAAAGAAGCAUUGACAAAAUUAAAUGGAAAAGAAGUGUUGGUGGAUGAGGAUACCGAUUUAUCUCUUGAAAAAAAUGCAUUAGUGCUUCCGAAAAAAAGAGGGCGCAAGAAACUUAAAUCUGUUGAAUCACCGAAGCAGGUUUCCUCUGCUGAAAAUAUUGAUAUUGUGUCCAAAAAAAGGCGAGGAAGAAAGAAGAAAAAGAUGACCCAUAUUAUUGAAAGCAUACCUGAGCAAAAAGACAAUUGUUUGAAUUCCACAUCCAAUAUGGAUCACAAUCUAAAUAUUGAUCAUGAUUCCGAUCUUAAUCCCAAGAAAAGACAAAGGAAAAAUGAGAACAUAUCAGACAUCUUAGAAGAAAAUAUUUUAUCACAUCGUAGAUCAAGAAGACUGAUGAAUGAUUCUAAAAAUAAAAAUCAAGAUUUAGAGGAAUUAGAUUGUGAUGAAAAGGUAUCAAAGCGCAAGUUAAAGCCUAAAUCGAAACAAGCAUUAGCCAGUAUCAAAAAGGCUAAGAGUAUUGUGAAUAAGAUUAAGCAGCGAAAAGUAAAUAGUCCUGUGCCUUUAAUGCAAGACUGUCCCUUAAUAAAGAAGUCAAUUGCUUUAGAAAAUAAAGUAAAGAGUAAUGCAAAACUAUUUCCAAUAUUUUCUUCACCCUCCUCAGCUGAAAAAGGUAAUGUAUCUGAAAUCAUUAAACAGGAUGGAACAAACAAGAGUAAAAAUAAAUGUAAAGACAAAAACCUUAAAACUUCCAGGAAAUCAGAUGAUUCCAAUAUUGUGAAUAGUAAAAAGAAGCUUAAAAAAACCAUUAAAGAUCAAAAAAUAAUAGACAUUGACUUAAGUGAUGAUCAUGUAGAGGAAAUUGAGAAUGAUGUACUAGUUAUUGAUACAGAUUCAUUUGAUGAUCAGGUGCAGAAAGAUAAAAAUGAUUUGCAAGUUAUUGAACUUCCAUUUGUUAAUUCAACUGUCGAUAAAGUUGUUGCAGAUGUUCCAUUCAAAAAGACAAGUACAAAGAUAUCUGUUGAACCAGAACUUGUAUGUUAUCCCACAUUUAGCCACUGUAAUCCAACUUGCAUAUAUGAAACAGUCGAAUCUUUAGGAAAAUACAUUGACAAAAAUAAAUGCAAUGAAUCUGCUGAAUUGACUGCAUAUCACCAAAGCGGAUGUUCGGUUGAUUCUUCUGAAAACUUAAAUCGUGACAAUGAUCCAACUGGAAAUGAAAAUAUAUGUUCAGAAACCACUGGUCUGUGCCCUAAAGAUGAAAUUAAAUGUUUUGAAUCCACUGAUUUGUGCCCUAAAAAUGACGUUAAAUGUUCAGAGUCCGCUGUUUCGUCCAUGGAAGGUGAUGAAGGGCCUCAACAAUGUGACAGUUCUGAUCUUGAAGAUAAAAAUUCCAAAAGUAAACCUGUUAACAAUUAUUUUGACCUUGAUGAAUCUGGGAAAGGGUCAAAAUUUAAAUUUGUAAAUUCAUAUAAUGCUGCUGAUACUGAUUAUCUAAAAAUACCAACCUGGGACAAAACUGCCCAUUUGCUCGAUGACGAAUGUUCAGAACAUUUAAAUUCCAAAAAGGAGGCUGUCAACAUAAAUGUUGAGUCAGAUUGUGUUUUUGGAAAUGAAUUAAAUCAAAAUAUCAGUGAUAAAAAGCACGAACAGUUGUGGACAGACUUCAUGUGUAGUUUUGGUGAGGAGAGCUACUCGAACCAAGUAGUCGUCAAUGAAAUCAAAUCAUGGCUAUCAGAAUGGAAAUGCAAAUUUAAUAAAAAUAGCAGGAAAAGUCAAGAUGAGGACAGCUCAAGUAGUUUUUCAUCCGACAGCUGCGAUUCUGAUUGUUCAUUAUCUAAUAGUAUCAUCAUUUCUGGUAUUCCUGGUAGUGGAAAAACCAGUAUGGUAUUUUCUCUUGCUCAUCAGCUAGGGUUUAAAGUUUUGGAAGUGAACGCAUCAACAUGUCGUAGUGGUCGUAACAUUUCUCUGCGUCUUAAAGAAGCACUCGAAUCCUAUCACGUGGAAAAUAUCGAAGUGAUGGAGGAUGUAUCUAAAGAAGAAUGCAGAAAUGAUGCUAGUUCUAAAAGGAAGGAUGCGAAAAUAAAAGAGCUAGGUUCUGUAACUGCUGAAGGUACUCCCCGGGGCAAAUCCAAAAAAAGAACUAAGAAGAAAACUGCAAAAGAUUCUGAAACAGAUGAUGAGGAUUGUGGGAAAAUCGUUAAAAAGAAAAGGACUAAGAAGAAAAUGGAUAAAGAUUCUGAAAUGGAAAAUGAUGCUUGUUCUGAAGUCUUUGAAUGUAAUAAGAAAGAAAAUAUCAAGAAUUAUUUUAAAUUAGAUUGUUCUAAAGUUGUAAAACAAGCUCCAAAAAAUUUAAUGAAUUUCUUUGGUCCUGGCAAAUCAAAGAAGGCGACAACAACUGAAACCUUGAAUUUACCUGAUGUUGUUCAGAACGAAAAACUGGAAAAAAAUUUAUAUAAAAUAUCUAGCUCAACUAUUAUCCUGUUCGAUGAUGUUGAUGUGAUUUUUGAAGAAGAUGAAGGCUUUUGGGGUACAGUGAAAGGAUUUUUGCAGAUAUCCAAAAAGCCCGUCAUAUUCACUGUCAGCCGCAAUGUAGAAAUUGUGAAAGCCAACCUGAAUAUGGACAUCAAGGUGUUCGAUUUGAGUCCAAUGCCAGAAAGCGCGACUGUUGAAAAGUUGAAAACCAUAACAAAGCAAUAUGUGGAGUCUUCCACGAUAAAUUUUCAACUUCUGUUGUCUGAAAGUGCGAAUGACUUGAGAAAAAGCAUACUCAAUGCACAAUUUUGGACUAAAAAGUCAGGUCCCACCAGAUCAUCUAAAAAUGUUAAAACUUUUUAUCAAAAUAGCUUUGUUUUAGGACUAUUGGACUUCAAGAGUGACGAAAUCAAUCGUUUACUUUUCAAAGACUCUUCUUCGAAUCUGCCCUCGGUGAUCUUGGAUUAUCACAAAAAAGGUUAUGAUUUGCUCCAUGGAAAAGUGCUGUGA